AUGGAGCUAGAAAAUGAAAUGAUCAGCUCCUCCAGCAAUUCUUCAGCAGGCUCCAGGGAGUACAAGGUGGUGAUGCUGGGAGCUGGGGGAGUUGGCAAAAGCGCAAUGACAAUGCAGUUCAUAAGCCAUCGGUUUCCUGAUUAUCAUGAUCCAACCAUAGAGGAUGCUUAUAAAACUCAAGUACGAAUAGAUGAUGAACCGGCUUACUUGGACAUUCUAGACACUGCUGGACAGGCAGAAUUCACAGCCAUGAGGGACCAAUAUAUGCGAGGUGGAGAGGGUUUCAUUAUCUGCUAUUCCAUCACAGACCGCCAAUCCUUUCAGGAAGCUGCAGAAUUUAAGGAGCUCAUUUAUCGUGUCCGGCACACUUAUGACAUCCCAUUGGUGCUGGUGGGAAACAAAAUAGAUCUUGAGGAGUUCAGGCAGGUCUCGACUGAAGAAGGCAUGAGCUUGGCAAGAGAGUAUUCGUGCUCCUUCUUUGAGACCUCAGCUGCCCUGCGCUUCUACAUUGAUGACGUCUUUCAUGGACUGGUGCGGGAAAUCCGCAGAAAAGAGUCCUCGCUGCCCCUGACAGAGAAGAAGAUGAAGAGGAAGGACAGUCUGUGGCAGAUGCUGAAAGGAUCUUUGAAGAAGAAAAGGGAAAGCACAACUUGA